AUGGAUUUCUUGCCUCUGUCCCCCAACCCCACAUCCCCUCCUGUAAAGUUAAGCUUUGAUGAUUUACUGCGCGAGGCCGGUGGGUUUGGAAGAUUUCAGGUCUUCACAUUACUGAUUUUGUGCAUUCCCCGGAUCAUCCUGCCGCUUCAUUUCCUCCAGCACAUAUUCAUCUCGGCUGUGCCGCCUCAUCACUGCUACAUCUCCGACCACCGGAACCCCGGAAACCUCAGUCAGGAAGACCUUCUCCUCAUCAACGUCCCCCGAGAACCUGAUGGCUCCUUCAGCUCCUGCAAGAUGUUCUCCGAACCCCAACUCCACCUUCUCCAGAACAGAUCACAGGGGGCGACUGUGAACAAGUCCUUGGUGCAGAACUGUGACCAGGGCUGGGACUAUGACCGGACUACAUUCUACUCCACCACCGUCACACAGUGGGAUCUGGUGUGUGAGAGGAAAGGACUGAGCAACAUUCUGGUGACCUUCUUCUUUAUGGGGGUCACAUUGGGGACUGUGGCCUUCGGAUACCUGUCUGACAGGUUUGGCCGCAGGACGAUGCUGCUCCUUUCUAUGGUCCUGUCCCUGGUGUUCGGGGGGAUCUCCGCGGGGUCCGUAUCCUACCUCAUGUUUGCUGUCAGCCUGGCGCUAACUGGAUUUUUUCUCUCCGGAAUGACCAUCACCGUUGUGGCUCUGUGUCUGGAGUGGGUGAACAUGGAGCAGCGCACUGUGGCCGGAGUCAUCACCAGCAUCUGCUGGAGCCUGGGGAGCGCGCUGCUGGCAUUGACCGCGUAUCUAGUCAGAGACUGGCGCUGGCUGGUGGUGACCAUCACUGCCCCCUGUAUCCUGGGCAUCGUCAGCAUGUGGUGGCUUUCUGAGUCCCCCCGCUGGUUGCUGACCAAGGGUUUUGCUGAGCGAGGGGAGAAGGAGUUGGUGCGAUGUGCUGCCAUGAACGGACAAGAUCUGGAAUCUUUCAGUAAGAAUAAAGAGAACAUUCAGAAACUGGCGCAGUCCUUGGGAUCUUCCUCCACCAACUUUUCCUACAUCGACCUUUUCCGGACUCGACAAAUGCGCAAGAUCUCGCUGUGUUCUGGGCUGGUGUGGUUCGGUGUCGCCUUCUCCUAUUACGGGAUCAGCCUGGACAUCUCCGGCUUCGGCCUCAGCCUCUUCCUCACCCACUUCCUGUACGCUCUGGUGGAGGUACCCGCCAAGCUGAGCAUCUACUUCCUGCUGGACUAUCUGGGGCGUCGCAAGACACAAGUCCUGACCCUAAUCAUGACGGGGGCAUGUAUAGGAGCCAACGUGGUCAUUCCCCGCGCGCUGUGGCCUCUCCGCACCACUAUCGCCAUCAUUGGGAAAGGCUUCUCAGAGGCGGCAUUCACUGUGGUCAUCCAGUACACAGCCGAGCUGUACCCUACAGUGAUCAGACAGAACGGCAUCGGUUACACAUCAUUUUUGGGGAGACUUGGGGUGUCCAUUGCUCCUCUGAUGAAACUUCUGGAUGACUUCUGGCCAUCACUGUCCAAGGUGAUCUUCUGCAGUAUGGCGGUGAUCUGUGGACUGACGGCCACGCUCCUCCCCGAGACCCUCAACGUCCCCCUACCUGAGAUCAUUGGAGAUGUAGAGCGCAGCGGGUCAGACAAUCCACGGAAAUAAUAGAUCCUCACAGAGAGAGGCCAUGGGUCAGUAACCAGGGGGGGGGGGGGGAAACAAUCCACGGAAAUAAUAGAUCUUCACAGACCGUAGAUCCUUCCCAUAAAGCCCCUGUGCAGGAACUAGAGGGAUCAGCCAACAAGGACUUCAACCAUCUGAGGCUGGGUUCCCAAUACGUUUUCCCCCAUACGGGAGCGCAUACGGCAG